AUGGAUGGUGUAAAUAUUGAGAAAUCUUUUCCAAGGCGAAGCGAAGAAAUAAAUAGAUUAACCAAGCGAAACCGAGCUUGCUUAAAUACAAUCAUACUCCGUCUUAAAUUUAGUAACACAAAUAGAAAAACAAUCUUAUUAUGUAUGAAAGUGAAAGAAAAACGUUCGAACUCGAUCGAUCAGUCGUCGGAUUUGAUCAAAACUAAUGGAACAAUCCAGAAAAAUCAAGCAAAGAAAAAGAAAAAUAAGAAGAAUUUUGAAGUUCAUGUACCACGGAUUAUCGUUCGCAAUCUCAACUUCAAAGUCAAAGAGGAACAGCUCAAAAAAGCUUUCGAAAAGUGUGGUAGUGCUAUCAGCAAUAUUUCUAUUGUGUCAAGAAAUGGUGUAUCCAAAGGAUUCGGUUUUGUGACAUUUGAUAAAUUAGAAGAUGCACAGAAGGCAAUACAGACAAUGAAUGGACAAAAAGUAUUAGGUCGUCCGAUGGCUGUCGAUUGGUCAUUACCAAAGAAUGUAUAUGAAAAAAUGCAAACUAAAGAAUCCUCACCGCCGGUUCGCAACGAUAGCUAUGGUAUUCAAUCGAAGUCAAACUCGUCUAAAGCGAUGGAAGAACAAGAAUCACUACCACCAUCAGAAGAGGAUCUUGAGGAUGAAGAAGGAGAAGAUGAUGAUGAAGAUGACGAUGACGAUGACGAUGAACUGGAUGAAGAAGAAUUGCCUAAAAUGAGAACAACCGAGAGCAGUCGUGAUGUGCGUGAACAUCGUACUUUAUUCGUUCGUAAUGUUCCAUUCGAUGCAACUGAAGAAGAGCUAUCUAAUCUUUUGUCAUCAAAUGGUCAAUAUCCCAUCAGAUCUUGUCGUUUAGUUAUUGAUCCAGUAUCUAAACAUCCACGCGGCAGUGCAUUCGUUCAGUAUGGAACAACAGCUGACGCCGAAACCUGUUUAAAAUCAUCAUUUACACUUCGUGGUCAAGAACUGCAAACUGAUAUGGCCUUAGGUCGUGGUGAACUUGUCAAAGCCAAAGAAUUACGCGAUCAAAAGUAUGAGAAAAAUAAGAAAAAUGAUCAACGGAAUUUGUCCUUGGCUAAUUGUGGUGUGAUAUUAAAGCUAGAAGACUUAGAUGGAAAUGAAAACGAUUUACGAAAACGGCAAAAGCUGGAAGAUGAAAAACGACAGAAAUUGAAAAAUCCAUUAUAUUUUAUCUCCCCAACCCGUUUGACAAUACACAAUUUACCGCCAAAUGUCGAUGAUGAUAAAUUGAGAAAACUCAUUCUUGACACGUUGAAAAAAGAUAAAAUACCAAUGAAAGAUGUCAUUAUCAAUGAAUGUCGAGUUAUGAAAAAGAACAAAGAAGCAAGAAAAUCUCUCGGCUUUGGCUUUGUCAAUAUAACUCGUCAUGAAUUCGCAUUACGAUUGAUUGAACUACUCAACAACAAUAAGCAUGUUUUCGGUCCUAAUCGACGACCAAUUAUACAAUUUUCGAUUGAAAAUCGCCGUGCGCUACAAUUGCAAGAACAACGUCGUGAACGAUUGAAAGCCAAGCAAGAAUUACUAAAAAAUCCAACGGAUAAAACGAUAUCAUUUGAAAGCAAUCGAAAGAAGAAAGAACAUUCGCAUCUAUUGGAAAAAACAAACAUUAAUAAAGUUCGUCUUAGUGAUGUCAUCAAACAGCAGCAGGUGAACGAAGAAACUAAUGAAAACGGUGAUAAUGGAAAUUCUAUGGAAGGCGAGAAUGAUAUUAUGCAUUCAAAUAUUGAAAACAAGAAAAAGAAAAAACAGAAACGAAUGAAAACAAAAUCCAAGAACGAAAUUCGAGAUGAUACGGACCGGAUGAUUGCCAAAUCUCGAAAUAAAACACCUUUACCACAAAAGACCAAGAAAAAAUGGUUCGAAUAG